CCAGCACUAGCAAUUUGUCUGCAACUUCUAAUUCACUGGGAAUUUUUUUUGUGUUUGUUGUUACAUAUAAUCCGUUCAAUUUCGAGCGUUCUUUUGGCAAAUCAGUGUCUGCUCCCGAUCGGUGAGAUUUCGGCCCAGCUUGGGCGAGCGUAAUUGAAACGUUGAGUUUGCCUCGCUUCGCCUGUGCUUUCGGGUUUUCCGUGCCUCUUUUUUGGUCCGUUUUCGUUUCGUUUUCGUUUUCCACUUGGAAUCGCGAGGGGAUGAUGAAAAGGGGGAGGAGAGGAGACUCCCGACCGAGUGCAUCCCCCGUGCGUGUGUGUUGGUGCUUCCAAUGCAAUUGUAGCUGAGCGCGCUCAUAAAAAUCAAAAGUAUAUUUAGAUAUACACAUGUAUAUAUAAUAAUCGGAUACGUUUUCUCAUUGCCCCACUGUGUGCGGCAGUGUGUGUGAGUGUAUUCAAAUCAGCAGUUGUGUCUGUGUGAGCCGAGCGCGUUGCGUUUUGUUUUUGAGUGCGAGCGAGGCAGCAGUCGGCGAAACAGAGAGAGAGGAACAGGAACUGCAACAAAAUCACUAAGGACAGCAAUAACAACAUUCAGCAGCAGUUGCAGCAGCGAUGACUUCCAGUCGCUGCAUUGGCAAAGCGCUGCCGGGAAGAGAAUUGGAAUGUGUCCUCGUCCUUGUCCGCUAGGAUCACAUUAUCACAGCGAGCCCACGAGCAAUCCCAGAGACAGCGAAGAUCCAGGACACCUCCCGACUCGGCAGAAUGCCCCGCUUCCGCAACGAGGAGCCGGAGCAGUCGCCCUACAGCGAUGGCGACGUGGUCUGGGUCAAGAUCCACAACACCGAGAUCUGGUGGCCAGGCGAAGUGACCCUGACGCAGGACUUUCGGUUCGUUAACUCCAGCCGCCCGCCGUUCGCAGUUGUGGCGUUCUUCAACGAGAAGACCUUCGAGCAAGUCAGGUCAUCCAAACUGAUUUACCCCUUUCAAUGCGCUCACAAGGAGGAGUUCAUCAAACGCGGCAGCAAAAAGGCCGAUGGAAUGCACAUGGGCGACAAGUUCAGUGACGAUGUGGCGAUUGCGGAGUCGCGUUAUCGCCGUCACCAGGUCCUCGAUGGAACCGGAAGCGGACACGGGAGCGGAACAGGGACCGGGAACGGCAACGGCGGACCCGCCCCCCGGACAGACAGCCUCAUCAAGGCCUUCUUUUCGAGCAGCAGCAGCAGCAGCGGCGGCGGCAGCGUGCACAACAGUAGUGCCCGCAGCAGCAGCGGAGUGCCUUCGUCAGCGGGUCGACAGGUGCCCACGUUUCGCAUCAUGGAUAUCGGAGGCGGCGGCGGCACGGCGGCUCUGCCUCGCGAUCGUGCCGUCGAAGACGCCGGAUACGAGUGCAACAUGUGCACCUUUCGCACCAACAGCAUGAGCGUCCUGCUCAUCCACCGUCGUGCUCACCUGGAGUCGUCGAGCAGCUUUAGCAGCAACAGCACCACCAGCACUGCCACUAGCACGGCAACAGGCGUACAUCCCCCGCGAAAGACGCGGGCUGCACGAAGAGCCCACACCACCAGCAGCACCUCUUUCCACAGGAGCUCUGUGCGCUGUCACUCGCGCCACGUGUCCAUCGUGGUGGACGCUCCGCUGACGAACGAGGAGCAGAAGAUGGUGAAGAGCAUUGCCAAGCAAACGCUGGCCAGCAUCGAGAGUGUAGUGCGCCCCGUCGAGGACAGCUCCGCGACCUCGGUCUCGGCAUUCGCCUCCCCCUCCACCUCCAUCUCAACAAGCACCUCCAACUUGUCUUCGCCGCAGGUGUCCAUGGCGGAGACCACUCCGCGACGCAGCAAUGCGCAUUCCCGGGAUCCCCGUAGCCAGCGCACUACCCAACUGCGAGCCACCAUGCCCGCCCCCGAGUCGCCGCCGGCCAAGCAACGCCGACUGACCCGUUCUAUGAGCCGGCGUCAGCGAGGCGGCGACUCGCCGGAGCUCCUCCUGCCACCACCAGUGCUGACCACGCCUUCGCGUCGUGGCGGAGGCAGACGAUGCACGCUGGCCGCCGCCACCACGGCGAGUGACCAAGAAGUGACCCCCACGAUAAGGCGGGGCAAUCCCCUGCGCAAGACGCUCACCACAACGCCAACGAGCGCCGAAAAGACUCCGCGGAACGCAGCUGGGCGGCGCAAGCGAACGUUCUCCAGGACUAGGGCGCCCAUAUAUGACUCGCAUCUCUCUCCGCCGAUGCUCCUCUCAUCCACACCAGCGGCCAAGCGGGCGGUAGUUGACGAAAGGAAGGAAGAGGACGAAUUGGCGGUUCUACCUGAUCCCCCUGAGCCUCCUUCCAGCUUAUCGCCGGAGCCGGUUUCAGAGGCUGACCUUGUGCAGCCGCCAGAGAAUCUCCCGCAUCCGCAGAGCAGCAUCGACGCCUCCAAGCAGCUGCAGCUUAGCUUGAUGGCCGAGUGGGGCGACGACGAGACGGACGAGUCGCUGGAGGAGCCACCGCAGCCGCAGGUUGAUGUCGAUGGCAGCAAGGUGGUGGAACCUCCGCCAGCCGCAGCAGCAGCAUUAGAACAGCAAGCGGAGGAGGAAGAGGAGGAGGAACAAGAGAAGACUGACGGCGUUGCUACCAAGAAGCGCAUACGCAAUAUACCAAAGAAGGAUCGGCGCGACGUUGUGGUGCAGGAGUUCCACGUGGACAGCCAGCCAGAGGCCGAUGAGCCGGAGGUCGACGAGCCAAUUGUUAUUCAGGACAGCGACGCCAGCUCCAACGGCAGUGUGGUGUUCGUGGAGGAUGAGCCGAGGCAGCGCGGCAGGGGGCUACAUGCGCAGUCUAAUGGGAAUUGCAAUGAUAGGGCCACAUCCUCGUCCAAGGCGGCCAGCAACAUCCCGUCUUGCUUUGACUUCGAGGAGGAGGAUGAUCUGCAGCAGGAGCCGGAAUGGCCGGACGGCCAGAAUGGCCUAAGCUACAGGCGUCGAACCAACACCAAUGCCAAUCGCAUAAUCGAUGCCAACGGCAAGGCUCAUUGCGAAGAAGAUGUUCCUGCAAGGGAAGAGGAGGUCCGCGCGAAAGAGCCUGUGGCUGGGCAGGAGUCCCAGGACAAUGCCUCCCACGAGGGUCUCUUCAAGGGCUUCGACGAUGUUCAAGAGCCGACAAUUGCACCCGUCGAAACUAAGGCGAAGGAAGAGCCCGAAUCAGCUGUGGAGCAGGAGCGAGAGCCCGAGCCCUUGGAAGCAGUGGAACCCGAGGAAGCUGUGCCCGAGGAAGGCGCUGAGGGCGAUAACAUGAGCCUGCCUAUCAAGGAGCGUCAAAAGCGCAUCUUCAAGUCGCGCAACAAGUCCACUGUCCUGGCAGAAGCUCAGGAGGAAGAUCUGCUGCCGGCCUCGCUGAUUGCCGCCGAUGAGGAGGUUUCCGCCACAAACAUUCACAGCCCUCUCCAGGAAACCAACUGCGUCAGCGAACUGCUCUUUAACGGCGCCAAGAGCCAGAUGAACAGCGCCCACAACAGCAACACAAACAGCAGCGAGGGUGCAAUGGGCAGCAUAAGCCGGAGCAGAAAGAAGCGUCGGAACAAAGCCAAGACUGAAUCCUCCCGUCGCCCGCCCCAGCGCCCGGAGUCCGACGCUCGGCAGCAGACUCCCUCACCUUCGCCCUUGCCUUCGCCUUUGCCCGCCCACGAGGAGCUGAGCAACAACAGCAGCGGCAGCGGGAGCAGCAGCAGCAGUGGGAGCAGCAACAGCAGCAGCCAUAGCAACAGCAACCACAUGUCCAGCGUCAGUCCAAGCUCGGACUCGCACGGCAUCGGCACGCUGUCCCCGGAGCCGAGCUCCAGCAACAGCUGCUCGAUUGCCUCGAACAUCGCGGUCAUCUCGGCGGAGGAGGCCCGCGAGCUGCAGCGAUCCGCCUCGGGCGCCGGCCUGAUUCACGGGGCCAUUGUGGACGCCACUCAGCCGGUGCAGCGAGGCGGCGUGCUCAUCCUGGAGGACAUUCGGCUGCCCAAUUUGUACGAGCCCUUCGGCAGCCUCCAGUCCUCGGACAGCAACGGAAGUCGGCUGCCCGAUGAGGACGACGAGCAGCCACAGGACACGACGGAGCAGCCGGAAAAGAACGAGGACUUAGAGAAUCAGGAGGAGGAGGAGAGCCACGACGAAGCGCCAAUGCCUGAACAUGACGCCGGACUAGUAGGGCAUCCGGCAGAAGAGGAACAGCGGGAGCAGGAGGAGAAUCGGGAGCAGGAGCAAAAACUGGAGCUGGCUCAGGAUCAGAAGUUAGAGCCAAGGCAGGAACCCGAAGCAGACAACGACCUGGCCAACUGGUCUCCUGCCCGGCACUCGCCCGAGGUUGUGCGCUACUUGCCGCAGGCCCGCGAGGUGCUGCUUAAGAAGCGCGAGCAGGAGCUGCUGCGGCAGUACGAGGCCGACCUGGUCAGCGGGCGGAGUGCGGAGAAAUGUCGACAGGCACGAGCGCGCUGGAUCCGGUCGAUGCCGUCGCCCGAAGAAGAGGAGGAGGACACACAGGAGGCAGAAAUAGAGGAGGAGAUGGAAGCAGAGGUGGACGCAAUGGAGCCAUCCCCGUCGGCGAGGUCCGAGGAGGAUCAACUGCAGCUGAGCGAGGAAAAGAAAGGGAUUAGUUCGGAUGAGGAACUGCCUUUCGCGACCGCGGAGGAGAAAUCGGAGGAGGACGAGGAGCAGCUCCAGCUGGAGGGGCCAAUGGAUACCACCGAAAUGUCCUUGGACGAGCAGCUAGCAGCCGUCGAACUGGUUCUGCCCGCCACGUUGUUCCCGUCAUCACGUCGCCCCGCCAGCCACCCGCAGGUCACCCCGCUGCAUUCAGCUCCAUUCUCCUUCGGCCCGAAUAAGCCAUCCAGGCAUCUCAGCUGCGCCCGGACUCUGAGCGACGCGGACGUGGCCAAGGCCCACCAGCAACUGGUGGAUCUGCGCGAGCAGCAGCGCCUCCGCUCCUCUCUGACAUCGCCGCCCGCGAUCCUUACUCCGCCGGAGACGCUGCUGCAGGCCGGCGGUCAACGAAGACCGAGACGUCGCUCGAGGAACGCUGCCAGUGACCACGUGGAGAGCGUAUCCCGCAGCGACGUGGCCGAGGAGUCUUCGUGCGAGACCAAAGAUGGGCAGGAAAGUCCCGAGAACCCGCCUCAGCUGUGCGCUGGACGCAUCUGCGCGGUGAUGACUCGACCGAUCCCGGGAUACAGCCACACGUUCAUGCUCUGCUCGCUGAACAACAACAACUUUACGCCGCUGAACAACGUGGCUCUAUAUCUGGAUAACGAGAAGAACCACCUGGUGCCGGUGCCGCGGGAGGCACUGUUGGAGCCGCCGCGCUUGGCCGACGGUCAUCCGCUGUCAGCCGUCUUUGCGGACAUUGACUUCCUGGGCGGUGAGGCGGUGGCUCAGGUGGUGGAGCCCUCGGAAACGGAGACUGAGGCAGACCUCGAGCAGGAGGACCAGCUAUCGCCGCGGCCUCAGCUGUCGCCGCAAAUGCUACUCAGCGAGGCGGAUAACGACAUGGAGCCAGUGGACACGAUGGGCAUUAUGACGCCACUCAGCCAAGUGGCCGAGGGAAGUGUUUUAGCUCCCGGCAGCUAUGUCAUCGAGGAGGAGGAGCAGGUGCAGGCCAAUGUGCUGCAGCUGAACGUCAAUGGGCACCGCCUGGAUCUGGAUCCCUCUAUGCUGUUCAGCAUUGCCGAGCAGCCAGACUCGUGCAUCGAGGUAAGCGUCACUGAGACAGGAUCCGGUGGUUCGAAUGUGGCAGGCGGCGGCGGGAUUAGAGCAGUGCUGCAGGCGCGUGAUAUCCUGCAGGCGGCGGAAGCGUACUUGCAGGAGCGCGACCUUCAGCUGGUCACCCUGGACGAAGAAGAAGAUGGGCCAUCGGCUGGCAUGGCUGUGCCCGGCACAGAUUUGCUCUCCCAGGCGCUGGCCGGCAGCCAGGUGGUGGACGACGACUCGGACUUCGUGAACGCGGCCAACGCUGGCGUUGGCCUGCUCCACAUCGACACCCGCACGGGCGCCAGCCUCCUCCAUGUCGGCAACGAUGAGCCGGGCAGUGUGGUGUUCAUCUCGCACCCGAUGCCCCCGCAGUCUGUCCACCUGACGCCGCCAAUAACGGCGCGCACCAACGAGACGAACGCGCUGCUCGACCAGACGCCGAUCAUGUCCACGCUGGAGAACCCGAGCGGUAUGCAACUGCGCCGCGUCUCGCCGCUGGUCGAGGGCAACCUGGAGGACAGCCUUGCCGUGAUCGGCGUGACGAACGGCAGCGGGGUGCCCACCUCGCUAGAGCUGCCCAUCACGGUGACCAAUCCGGCCAUUGCCUCUCGGAUGGGGGCCCCCGUGGCCGACAUGCUGCAAUUCGCUCCUUUCCAGUAGGCGGAGCACACAGUCCAAGAGCAACUUGCUUCUAUUUUCGUACGGUUAAGAAACUUUUGUUAGGAUUAGUAGAUGCAGCACAUGCAUUUUAUUUUUUUGAGCGGGACAGUCUGUGUGACUCCUUCGUUAGCUAAAUUGACAUGAAACGGAUGACGACAACAUUGCGCUAACUGGCAGUGUAGAUACUUAGUUGCUUGGUUCACCUAAGAUGGAUCUUUGAGUCCAACUAUCCCAAGCAUUGCAAAUGUAGGAUAGAAAAGGGAAUCCCAUUUGCACGUAACAGACGUCAUACCCUCUGGGUAGAUGCGAGUAGUGGCGCCAUAAGCCACGGAACGGAACAGAAGGAACAGAGUAUAAUAUAUUAUAAUAGAACAGAUCAGAGAGAGAGAGAACCGAUGUCCGGCACCAAAGGAAAAACUAACGACACGCGUAUGUUGCAGUGAGUAUGCGGAACGGCAUAUAGUACAAUAUGUAGGGUACACAGGAGCAGGAAGCAGGAGCACGUUUAUAUUUAAUGACCAUGAAUGACUAUACCAAUGUGUGUAAGAUAUGUCAGUCUCUGGGCUAAUGAUGGUGCCAGGAGGGAGCCCGGAGGAGUAAACGGCAGCAAGUGCGACAAAGAUAUAUUUUUUUUAUUGCAACGGAUCAUAUUUAAGCAACCCUCGAGCAAGCGCGAAGACAAAGGUAAACUUUAACUCUUACCAGUGACUUAUUUAAUUGACAGGUUUUAAAAUGUAUUAGCAUUUUAAAAAUUAUUUAUUACAAAAAUGUUUUUUUUUGGUUCAACAAAGGAUAUCCCCAUAUUUACCUUUUUUUCUCCAAAGGCAUGAGUGCAUUUGAAACAAACGAAUCUAAAGAUAAACUGUUUAUUUUGUGGAAAUACAACCAAAUAGAAAUAAAGAAGUGUAUCGAAAACUAACAAUUUGCUUUCAUUGCCAAUUGUGCAAAUGCAAAAUGAAUUACACGAGCCUAGUAAAAAUCGAAGUAGGUAGUUCGGUUGAGAACAUUUUUCAAAAACUGUCGACUCUGAAAAUAUACUUUGCAAAUUUUGUGAAUUACAAAUAAAAUUCGAUUUCUCUA